AUGCUUGAUAGCCCGCUGUCCUUCUCUCAGGUUGCAGCAAGCCUGCCUGACAGCAUAAAGAAAGCCAGUGAGUUCCUGUCUUGCAGAAUCCACACCCUGAACAACCCCUACGCCGUGGCCAUGACCUCCUACGCUCUGGCCCUCGAGGGAAAGCACCAGCUGCCCAUCCUGCUCCGCUUCGCAUCCACUAACAGAACGCACUGGCCAGUCCCUGAUAGUCAACUUUUCACCCUGGAAGCCACAGGAUACGCACUGAUGGCCCUGGUCAAGGCAAAGGAGUUUGACCAGGCUGGUCAUGUGGUCAAAUGGUUGACUGAGCAGGGGUUCCACGGUGGGGGCACUGGGUCCACCCAGGCCACCCUCAUAGUUCUCCAGGCUGUGGCUCAGUACAUGGUGGAGAUGUCCGACGUGAAGGACAUUGACCUGGAAGUGCAACUUAACAUCAGUGGCCGUCCCAUACCUGUCAACUGGAGCUUAACCAAUGAAGACGCUUAUGUCACUCACUCAGAGAAGAUUAAGACUGACCAAGACCUGACUGUCACUGCCAAGGGAUCUGGCCAGGGGACCCUGUCAGUGAUGACCUUAUACCACGCUUUGGCAGAGGAAAAGGACACAGACUGCAAGAACUUUGACCUGCAGGUUAAGAUAGAGAAACAGCCAGAAGUUGGUGAUGAGAACGCACUGGAAACAUACAAGCUCACAAUUGAGAUGAGGUACCUGUCUCCAGAGAGAGAUGCCACCAUGUCUAUACUGGAUAUUACCAUGCUCACAGGAUUCAUUGCAGACAAGAAAGAUCUCGAAAGGUUAACCUCUGGAAGAGACCGGUACGUCCAGAAGAUUGAGACAGACAAACAGCUGUCUGACAAGGGCUCCCUCAUUUUCUACCUGGAUAAGGUCUCUCACAAGCUGUCUGACAGAGUGGUCUUCAGGAUACACAAGAUGACCGAAGUGGGGCUGCUUCAACCAGCUGCUGUCACCCUGUAUGAGUACUAUGCUAUGGAAAACCGCUGCAUGAAGUUUUACCACCCGCAGAAGAAAGGUGGAGCCCUGAACAGGAUCUGCCAUGAGGAGGUGUGCCGGUGUGCGGAAGAGAACUGCAGUUACCAGAAGAAACAGAGAGCUGAUGAUUUGGACCGUGUGACAUCAGCCUGUGAAGCUGGCAUGGACUAUGUUUACAAAGCCACAGUGGUCCAUGCCAACCCUACUGCCAUGUUAGACCAGUUUACAAUUUGGGUAGAGGACGUCAUCAAAGAAGGUACUGAGACUGGUGUGAUUGGGAAAGAGCGCAUAUUUUUGGCCCAUCCCUCCUGCAGAGAGGCAAUAGAUCUGAGAGAAGGAAAGACCUACCUGAUCAUGGGCAAAUCUGACGACCUCAUCGAAGGAAAGGACAGGUUGCUGUACAUGCUGGGUGGAGGCACCUGGAUUGAGUACUGGCCCACAGAGGCAGAGUGCCAGGAACCUGCAUACAACGAGACCUGCAAUGACAUCAUUUCUGCUGCAGAAGAGCUCCAAACCUUCGGAUGUCUCACCUAA